AUGGUUUUGGGGGUAAUCGGUAUCUCUAGCCUGAGUCCAGCAUGGGCUCUCGUGUGUGGUAGUGGAGUGGCCCAGCGCGGUGCGGGUAAAGAGUGGGAUGAAACCAUGCAAGGGUGGUAUUAUCGAGAUGAUACCGUCAGGUUCUACGCCGGGAUCAUCAGUCUGGAUAACUCAUUCAGUGUCGAGAUUGAUCGAGACAAUUACCGCAGGAUUGAGCGCGCACGGCAUGACGAUGUAGACGCACCGUAG